ACAUCUCAAAUAAGGAAAUGAAGCAAGUAUUUAAAAACGGUUGGAUAAAAAAAGUGGAACAAGUAUUUAAAAACUGAGGGAGUAUUUUAUGUACCUUAUCAAACUAGAAGAGUAUCAACCUAUCACGCUUGGCCGGAUAGUUGACAACUCACCAAUAAAAAACAACUUUCUCUUAUCCAAUGGACCUACCCAAAAGAAAAAAAGAAAAAGAAAAAAAACAAAUGAUUCUUAUUGACUUUUAUAAAUUAAACUAUUCCUAGUCUUCCCACCAAAUUGACUACAUUCACCCCGCCAUAUCCCCCACUCACUCUUUGUUUCUCUCCAUCAUACUCCACUCACGUCCACACUUAUGGCCGUGACUGAUCUUUUCGCCGGCGAGAUCGCCACUGAACUCCUCAAACACCUCCUCGCAAUCGUCCGUAAAUCAGCUUUUUGUAGAGCUAGUGCAGAAGAACUCAGUAACCAUAUCCGUGAUCUCCUCCCCAUCAUCCAAGAAAUCAAGUACUCUGGCGUUGAGCUACCUCAGUGUCGACAGGCUCAGCUCGAUCGAGUCUCCGAAUUGCUUCGACACGGCAUGGAGCUCUCGCAGAAGGUUCUUGCAUCGAACCGAUGGAAUGUGUACAAGAAUUUGCAGCUAGCUAGGAAGAUGGAGAAGCUUGAGAAGAAGGUGUCAAGGUUUGUGCACGGUCCUAUGCAGGCUCAUAUUCUUGCUGAUGUUCAUCAUCUUAGGUUUGACUCGGCCGAGCGGUUUGAUCGGAUUGAUGGGUCGACUAGACAGAUUGAGAGGCAACUUGGGUCGUUGAGGAUUGGAGGUGUUGGUGGUGGGUGGGUGGAGGAGGAGAUUAAGAGAGUGGAGGGAUUAGAAGGGGGGUUUGAGGGUAGUUUGGAGAAUUUAGGGCCAUUAGGGGUGAGUUUGGAAGUGGGUGUUAGGAAAGUUAGGGAGAUUUUAUUGGAAAAAAGUGAUGGUAUUUUUGGGAUUUGUGGGAUUGGUGGGAGUGGUAAAACUACCUUUGUUAAAGAACUUUGUAGGGAUGAUCAACUUAAAUCUUACUUUAAUGACCGGAUAUUGAACUUGACAGUAUCUCAAUCUCCUAAUGUGGAGGAAAUGAGAUUAAGGGUAUGGCAAUUUUUGUCAGAAACGGAGUAUAUGGAAACCAGUUCCGAGGCUUCUCAAUGGAACCUCCAAUCUGAAUCAAUAUUUGGAGCUCGUGCUCUCGUGGUUUUGGAUGAUGUUUGGUCACUGUCAGUGCUGGAACAGCUUAUUUUUCGAGUGCCUGGGUGCAAAACCCUUGUGGUUUCCAGGUCGAAGUUUCCAACUGUUGCUAACCAGACCUAUGAGGUUGAGCUGUUGAACCAUACUGAAGCUAUGGCUUUGUUUUGUCACUCUGCUUUUGGGAAGAAUUCUGUUCCUGUCAGUGCUGAUGAACGAUUAGUCGAGCAGCUUGUCAGUGAAUGUAAGGGGCUGCCUUUGGCUCUAAAAGUCAUUGGAGCUUCAUUGCGAGGGCAACCACAAAUGUUCUGGAUAAGUGCAAAGAACAGGCUUUCGCGAGGUGAGCCAAUUGGUGAAUCUCAUGAGGUUAAUUUGCUAAAGCGGCUGGAAACAAGUAUAUCUUACUUGCCAGAAAAGGUUAGGGAAUGUUUCUUGGACUUGGCUUGCUUCCCUGAGGACAAGAAGAUUCCCCUAGAUGUUUUGAUUAACAUGUGGGUCGAAAUUCAUGACAUUGAUGAAGAGGAGGCUUUUGCUAUUCUUAUUGAGUUGUCGGAGAAGAAUCUUCUUACCAUAGUGAAAGAUGCAAGGGCUGGAGAUCUGUAUAGUAGUUAUUAUACCAUCUUUGUAAUGCAGCAUGAUGUAUUGAGAGACCUAGCUUUGCAUUUAAGCAAUACUGGGAAAAUAAAUCAGCGAAAACGAAUGCUUAUGCCACGAAGAGAAGCAAGUCUUCCUAAAGAAUGGGAGAGGAAUGCAGAUCAGCCAUUCAAUGCCCAGAUUGUUUCACUCCAUACAGGAGAAAUGAAAGAAAUGGAUUGGUUUGCCAUGGAUUUCCCUAAAGUUGAAGUGCUUGUACUGAACUUCAACUCAAGCGAGUAUUUUCUUCCACCCUUCAUAAACAACAUGCCAAGGCUAAGGGCAUUGAUCUUAAUCAACAGCAGCACAAUACAUGCAGUCCUUCUCAACCUAUCAGUAUUUGCUAAUAUGCCGAAUUCGAGGAGCCUUUGGCUCGAAAAGAUUUCAGUUCCUCAGUUACCCAAGAGUACCAUACCAUUGGUGAAAUUGCAGAAGAUGUCACUAGUCUUAUCCAAAAUUGACAAUAGUUUUGACCAAUCUGUCAUGGAUAUGCCAAGGUUAUUCCCACAUCUCUCAGAACUCACUAUAGAUCAUUGUAUAGACCUGGUGAAGCUGCCUGUGAGCAUAUGCUGGCUUCGCUCACUAGUGACUCUGAGCAUCACUAACUGUCACAGCCUAAAAGAGCUACCAUCUGAUUUGGGUAUGUUGGAUUCACUACAAAUCCUGAGAGUCUAUGCUUGCCCCAAUUUGAAAAUUCUGCCUCCUGGGAUAUGCCAGCUUGUUAGGUUAAAAUACCUUGACAUCUCUCAAUGUGUCAAUUUGGUAUGUCUCCCAGAAAACUUUGGUAGACUGAUGAGUCUGGAGAAGGUUGACAUGCGCGAGUGUUCCUAUAUAAAGAAGCUGCCAAAGUCUGCAGUAUCUUUGCAGUCAUUGCGGCAUGUUAUAUGUGAUGAAGAGAUUUCAUGGAGGUGGAAGGAGUUGGAAAUGGCUCAUGCAGGACUCAGGGUUCAGGUUGUCGAGGAAUCUUUUGAUCUAGAUUGGUUAACAGACUGAAACUAUUUGUUCAGUCGAGGAAUGUUUUGAUCUAGAUUGGCUAACAGACUGAGUUGUAUACAACUAUUUUGUGUUCAAUCGAGGAAUAUUUUGAUCUAGAUUGGUUAACAAACUAAGUUGUAUACAACUAUAUAUUCAAUCAAGGGAUGUUUUGACCUGGAUUGGUUAACAGACUGAGUUGUAUACAACUAUUUGUUCAAUCAAGGGAUGUUUUGACCUAGAUUGGUUAACAGACUGAGUUGUAUACAACUUUUUGUUCAGUCAAGGUAUGUUUUGAUCUAGCUCACACGGGAAAGGAUCAUAUGCUGUGUUCGGCACAGCACACUAUGGAGAGAUGAGUGAAUGAAGAACAGUUAUAGGAUGGAAGGGAUGGUAUGUGAUCCCUUCAUCAUGCUGUGCUCAAUAUUGCACAGGGUGGUAGAGGAUCCCAUCCCACCUUAUGCCGGGCAGUAAAAUGACAUUAUUAUUGUAUAUAGUGAUUAUAUCUGAUCUUAGUCUAAUAUGAAUAUAUGAUGUAUAAAGUGGUAUGAUUGGUAGCUAUUUAGUGUAGAUUAGGAUGUAUAAACUGCUACUAAAAAUCAAUGCAAGUGUAGAUUACUCUAUGAAAAUGUUCUAUAUUCAAAGAUGA